GAGGUGCGAGUGCAGUGCACUUUCCUGUUCCGCCCAAACUUGGAAGGGGGAAAGGAACUGAAUUUGGCUUUUGAACUUUUUUUCCUCCCCAGUAGCGAUUGCGAAGCAAGAGAGGCUGCGCAGUGCACGGGGUGAGUUACAGAUGCGAUUGCAGGAAAGGGGGAUGGAGAGAAACUGCGAAGGAGGAGGACAGAAAGCGGAGAGGGAAGCCCGUUUCCUCCCUUGCUUGGAGCGACACGUGGCCUUUAGCUCAGAAACGUUCGCCUGAUCUCUUUGGAUCACGGGUGGGUCGCCUUUUUUUCUGGCGUGGGCAGCCCGUGUGAUGUUGGUCUGUGGCUUGCCCUGCUAAACCCGCGUCCUUUCUGCCUGUCUUUGGCAUUAUACUCAAGAUCACUGGAUGUGAAUUUGGCUCCACGUGUAGCCAAAGACUUCCGAGGUGGUGUAGAAUGUACUGCUUGGGGCUGGCAAGUGGGGGAUCACAUCUUUGAAACCAAGCUCCCUGCAAGUCGUCGUCUUCAUGUGCUAGUUUUCAGCCUGCAGCAGGGUUUUUGCUUUCAGGAUCAUGCCUGAACUGCUUUAUCGCAGAUUUCUCUAACCACAAGCCAGAGUCAGGCGCCUGAGUGUUUUCUGUUUAGUGAGAUAGAACUGCUGUGACAAGGGCCACGUACUUCAUCGAGAAACAAAAUGGCUGCGCAGCAGCACACAAACAAAAUGGCCACUUCUUCAGGAGACGCUAUGGAUCCAGUGCUGCCACUACAGAUUCGAGUGAAAAUGGAGGCUCAGUGCCAAGCAGAGAGCAGUGCAAGAGGAGGCGAUGGAAAAUUCCCCUCUCUCAUGCAGUCUGGAACCACUGAGGAGUUACUGAGAGGGACAUCUGCAUCAAGGGUAAAGCAGGAACUGAUAGAGAAGCCACUUCAGAACUGGGAUUGUCAGUGGCAAAGAGUGUUGGAGGUGGUGCCUGCUCCUGUGAGCACCCCCGUAUGGGACAAUGUGCAGUUGCCGCCUCUGGCUCAAGCGGGUAACACCGAGGCCUACCUGGCCACCUUUGAGCGAGUGGCUGAUGCUUCUCAGUGGCCCCGGGAAGAGUGGGUGACUCGGCUCGUGCCGGUCCUUGGUGGACAAGCCCAGCAGGCCUAUUUUAGUCUGGAAGCCAAAGACAAGGCUGACUAUGGGAAAGUGAAGGUGGCCAUUUUGAGGCUGGACAACUAUAUUGCCACAGAGACACACCGCCAGGGCUUUAGGCACUUUUGUUACCAGGAUGCCGAGGGGCCACGAGGAACAUACCGACAACUCCAGGACCUUUGCCAUCGUUGGCUGAGGCCUGAGAGCCAGACCAAGGAGCAGAUCCUGGAUUUGCUCAUCUUAGAGCAGUUCCUUGUCAUUCUGCCACAGGAAAUGCAAGACUGGAUUAGGGAACGUGGACCUGAGACUUGUGACCAGGCAGUGGCACUUGCUGAGGAGUUCUUGCAGGAACAGCAAGUGGCCAAGAGGUGGGAGCAACAGGCUUUGACUGCAGUCCUGUGUGACCUCAUUGCUAUUUAUGAAAUCACAGUGCCAAUUGAGAUGGUGAUUGUGAACUCCCCUAUUAUAGAUCAGGCUAUUUCAGACACAGCACAGAGACAUCCUCACAGGGAAGCCAAGCAAGACCACAUCGAAGACUGCAGUUCACAAGCAGAAAGCAAUUUUGUGAACCAUACCAGGGCCAAGGAGGCACACCAGGGAGAACCUGAGGCAGAGGAGCAACAAAGGCGACCUCAAGGGACACUAGAGUUUGUAGAGGACACUUUCCCAAGAAGUGACCCCAUAAGACCGUAUGUGAGUGAGCGUGGUUUAGGAAGGCAGCAGAAAAGCUGUCUUUCCAUGAGGGUGAUCACAGACAGAGGCCUCGGAGGGGUCCUCACUGACCCGGAAGCAAAACGGCAUCUGUGUAAGGAGUGCGGGAAAAGGUUCCGCAAGAAGUGGGACCUCAUUAGACAUGAAAGAAUCCACACGGGUGAGAAGCCCUACCAGUGCCCUGAAUGUGGGAAUAGCUUCAACCGGAACACAACCCUCACAAAGCACCUCCUCAUUCACUCAGGGGAGAAACCCCAUCAGUGCGCUUACUGCGGGAAGAGAUUCACGCGCCGGUCGCAUGUUGUAAACCAUCAGAGACGCCACUCAUGCCAAGGAAGGUCUUGACGGCGCAUCCGCUGCAUCUGGUCUCUGUGUGGCAGCAUUUGACUCUGCAUCUAGAGGGCAGAAGCAUGGCUGCGGAUUGCUCUGCAAGGCUCAGAAUGCAGGCGAAGCUGUUACAGAAGGCAGCUUCAAGCGCGUUGGUUGG